AAGUUUUCUAAAAUUCCAUAUCAACUUCCUUUCCUUUUCUGUUUUGGUGGUUUGUUUUCACCCAACCAACCCAAAGCCAGAACGAACUGGCUGAGAAUAACAGAAACAAAGAAAACAAGAAGAAGAAGAACAAAGAUCAAGAAAAGGCAAAAUACACCUAAAAAUAUGGCCUUUUCUUCUUCUUCUAUAUUACUUCAUUUCAAGCUUCCCCUUUUAACUCAUACUGAAAAACCAUUUCAUAAAUUCUCUUCAAAUUCUUGUUUAUUACUCACAAAGAUUUCCCACAAAUGCUGUUCUCAAAGCUCCAAGUCACCAACUUUUUUCAAAUGUUACUCCCAAAAACAAGAAACUGAAGAAAUUGAAAGAGAAGUGGCUAUUAAAGAAAAAGUAUAUGACUUUGAAAGACUGUUUUCUAACCUCAAUCAAGCCACUUUCCAGAGAGAACCAGAAAUUGAAGGAGAAGUGGCUAUUAAGGAACAAGUGUAUGACUUUGAAAGACUGUUUUCUAACCUCAAUCAAGCCACUUUGAAAAGAGAACCAGGAAGCCUCAGCAGUGCCAUUUUUCUCGUUGCUGGCACAACUGUAGGUGCAGGUAUUCUUGCUGUUCCUGCAGUCACACAAGAAUCUGGAUUUCUAGCUUCUUCAGUAGUUUGCAUUGUAUGCUGGAUUUAUAUGGUAGUGACUGGACUACUUAUUGCGGAAGUAAAUGUGAAGACCAUGUGCGAGCUUGGUUCAGGCGGUGUGUCAUUGGUGUCAAUGGUCAGGAGAACCCUAGGAAAUACAGGAGUGCAAGUAGCUUGCUGGUCCUACAUUUUCAUCCAUUACGCCCUUCUUGUUGCUUAUCUGGCUCGUUCUUCAGAUAUAUUGACAAACUUCAGCGGGAUUCCAUUAUGGGAAACUGCGACCUUGUUUUCACUGCUUCUUGGAGGGAUUUGCUUCUCUGGAAGCCAGCGAACUAUUGGGGCGGUUAAUGGUGUCCUUGUCUCUGGUAUCAUCGCCUCUUUCACAGCUCUUGUGGUUGUCGCCAGUGGAGACUUGCACUGGGAGGCUCUUCUGAAAGCUAAUUUUGAAGCUGCUCCUCAAAGUAUACCCAUAAUUGCACUUUCUUUUGUUUAUCAGAAUGUUGUACCUGUUCUCUGUACAAAUCUUGAAGGGGACCUGUCAAAAGUAAGGAGCGCUAUAGUUUUUGGGACAGCAAUUCCUCUUGCUCUGUUCCUUGUUUGGGAUGGUGUCAUUUUGGGAACAAUCACAACUCUUGGGACUGAAGCAGAAAAGAUUGCAGAUCCACUACAACUAUUGCGGUCUUCUAAUGGGAUCGUCGGGCCAAUAGUUGAUAUCUUUUCGCUUCUGGCAAUUGCUACUUCUUAUAUCGGAUUUGUAUUGGGCCUUGCGGACUUUCUUGCUGACUUGCUGAAACUCCCGUCAGGUCCUAACAGGCCUCUGCCGUACCUACUUACUUCGGUUCCUCCGCUGAUACUUUCACAACUAGAUCCAGAGAUAUUCUUCAAAGCGUUGGAUUUUGCUGGAACCUAUGGAGUUUUGGUGCUUUUUGGACUUCUUCCAGCUGCAAUGUCCUGGUCAGACAGAUAUUUGGAAUCUACUCAAACUCCAAACUUACCUCCACUGGUUUCUGGAGGAAAGAUUACUCUUUCACUUGUUUUUGGAGGUGCAGCAUUUGUCAUUCUUUCAGAAAUAGUAGAGAACUUUGCACAUCCAUAGUUAGUUCACAAUGGAGGUUGAUUAUUUAUGUUGUAUCCGCUCGUCUCCGUCUCGUGUUACCAGCAUCCCAUCAUGUUUCUACAAGUGCUAAGCUAAUUUGCAACAUAUUACUACUACGUUUUGUAGAUGCGAGUGAAAUUGUUGUAUAUAUGAUCAUGUAGAUAGAAACAACAUUGCAAUAACAUUCUCUCAUAGUUUUGUAUUUGGAGUUAUUAUGGUGAAAUUCUGAAAGAAAGUACCAGUUGUUACCAAUUGUCAAUUUAUGUAUCAAAUUCUCAUUUGAGUGA